CUGUGAUCUAGCUACAUUAAUGCACAAAAUUUGACUUUGAUAAGAAUGCAUCAGGGUUUUCCCGUGACUGUGACUACAGGUUUUGGUAACGGUUUAGUGUCGAUAUUACACUGUUACUUCUUUGGUACAUAUGGGGAACUACUUUUUCUAUUGGAUGUAAUAUCUCAGGUUCUGUAUGGGGGUAAAACAUUGGCAGUAUUUCUGCAGUGUAUGUGAGCAGUAAAAGUUUUGAUGGUAAUCAAUGUAUUUGAUACCAAAACGCGUUUGUACGUCAGUCAUCAAAAAUUUUAAAGCGGAUAUAUUAUUUCAUGAAUGUUAGCUACCGCCAUCCUUAUUAAAAGGAAGUUCCGACUUGUCGUAUGACAGUGUGUGUUGUUGAACAAGAGGAUUAAAGAAAGCCAGCAAAAUGAUGAAAGGUGCGCUUCCGAAGAAGGAGGGGAAGAUGAGAAUUAGAGCUUUCCCGAUGACUAUGGAUGAGAAGUUUGUUGAAAGCAUAUGGGCCUUGCUGAAGAAUGCCAUCCAGGAGAUUCAAAAGAAAAACAACUCUGGAUUGAGUUUUGAAGAAUUGUAUAGGAAUGCAUACACAAUGGUCCUUCACAAACAUGGAGAACGUUUGUACACUGGCCUUAAAGAAGUUGUGACACAACAUCUGGAAUCAAAGGUCAGGGAAGAUGUUCUCAAUGCAUUGCAUAAUAAUUUUCUCCAGACAUUGAAUCAAGCAUGGAAUGAUCAUCAGACAUCUAUGGUAAUGAUCAGAGACAUUCUGAUGUACAUGGACAGGGUUUAUGUCCAACAGAAUGAUGUUGAUAAUGUAUAUAAUCUUGGACUCAUCAUAUUUCGUGAUCAGGUUGUUCGAUAUGGUUGCAUAAGAGACCAUUUAAGAGAUACGUUGUUGGAUAUGGUAAUGCGAGAGAGGAGAGGAGAAGUAGUGGAUAGAAUUGCAAUUAAAAAUGCAUGUCAAAUGUUAAUGGUCCUGGGCAUAAAUAGCAGGUCGGUUUAUGAAGAAGACUUUGAAAGACCCUUUCUUCAGCAGUCUGCAGAAUUUUAUCGGUUGGAAAGCCAAAACUUCCUUGCAGAAAACAGUGCAUCUGUUUACAUUAAAAAGGUAGAAGCCCGUAUAAAUGAAGAAGCAGAAAGAGCAAAACACUAUCUUGAUGAGUCCACAGAAACCAGGAUUGUAGAAGUCGUUGAAGAAGAACUGAUAAAGAAACACAUGAAGACGAUUGUAGAAAUGGAGAAUUCCGGUGUUGUCCAUAUGUUGAAAAACCAGAAGACAGAAGAUUUAGCAUGUAUGUAUAAACUCUUUAACAGAGUAACUGAUGGCCUGAAAACAAUGGCUGAUUGUGUAAGCCAGUACCUCAGAGAGCAAGGCAAAGCUUUAGUGCAAGAAGAAGAAGGUGGAACAAAUGCCAUUAACUUUGUGCAGAACUUACUUGACCUGAAGGACAGGUUUGAUCAUUUCCUUCACAAUUCAUUUAAUAAUGAUAAAAUAUUUAAGCAGAUGAUUGCGUCAGACUUCGAACAUUUUCUCAAUUUAAAUCCAAAGUCACCAGAAUAUUUAUCAUUAUUUAUUGAUGACAAACUAAAGAAGGGAGUAAAAGGGAUGACUGAACAGGAAAUUGAGAUGGUACUUGACAAGACUAUGGUCCUUUUUAGGUUUUUACAAGAGAAAGAUGUGUUUGAAAGAUAUUAUAAGCAACAUUUAGCCAAAAGAUUAUUGCUUAAUAAAUCAGUUAGUGAUGAUAGUGAGAAAAACAUGAUCUCGAAGUUAAAGACUGAGUGCGGGUGUCAGUUUACAUCAAAACUGGAAGGAAUGUUCAAAGAUAUGACUGUAUCAAACACAAUUAUGGAAGAAUUCAAGGACCAUGUCAUGACAUCAGGGACAAAUCUUCAUGGUGUAGACAUGAGUGUGCGGGUUCUUACCACUGGAUUUUGGCCAACACAAAGUGCGACUCCAAAAUGCAGUAUUCCAGCAGCUCCCCGCAAUGCUUUUGAAGCUUUUAGAAGGUUUUACCUAGCCAAGCAUAGUGGGCGACAACUUACUUUGCAGCCACAACUUGGAUCUUCUGAUCUCAAUGCAGUAUUUUAUGGGCCUCGAAAAGAAGAGACAGAUAGUAAGGAUGGUGCAAGUUCUUCAUCAAGUUUACUAUCUGUUGCAUCUCAAAGAAGUUGUGGGCCCAGAAAACACAUAAUCCAGGUGUCUACAUAUCAGAUGUGUGUGUUGAUGCUCUUCAACAACAGAGAAAAAUUAACUUAUGAGGAAAUCCAAAGUGAAACAGACAUACCUGAAAGAGAUUUGAUCCGUGCCUUGCAAUCCUUGGCUAUGGGAAAGGCAACGCAGCGAGUUUUAAUUAAAAACCCAAAAACCAAGGACAUUGAGCCAAAUCAUUUGUUUUAUGUAAAUGAUUCCUUUACUUCAAAACUCCACAGGGUAAAGAUUCAGACAGUUGCAGCAAAGGGAGAGUCUGAGCCAGAGAGACGAGAAACACGUAAUAAAGUUGAUGAAGACAGGAAACAUGAAAUUGAAGCAGCUAUUGUACGAAUUAUGAAAGCGCGCAAGAGAAUGACUCACAACGUCCUUGUAACAGAGGUAACGGAACAGUUGAAAAGUCGAUUUCUUCCAUCACCUGUUAUAAUCAAGAAGAGGAUAGAAGGAUUAAUUGAGAGGGAGUACUUAGCAAGAACACCAGAGGAUAGGAAAAUUUACACAUAUGUUGCUUGAGCAAGAUACCUGUUAACAAGAUGCCUUUAAACAGCAUUUGUCUUCACAUCUUCGAAGAUGUGUGGAUCACGGAUGACAAGAUGCAUUGAAGCUAGAUGAAGCAUGUUUGCCUGUGAUAACGAAUCUGGAAAAGCUGUCGUGAUGAGCUCAAAUAUUCCUUGAAGACCGGUGUAAAAUGUUUAUUGUUUUCAAUUUGCAUACCCAAAAUUAAAUUAUUUGUGAUGAAAAAAUUUUCAAAGUUUCUCUACAUCUAAUAAGAGUUAUUCAUUUUCAUUUACACGUAGUUCUGUAAAAAGUGAGUUAUCACCAUGAUCAGCAUUACAGUCGACAACUGCUUCUGGCUGUGCACACUUACACAUUUCUAUGCUACCAGCAGUGACCUCCUGACUGUGAUAAAAUGUUCAGACGUUGUUGGACGACAAGAACGAUUGUUGUUAAGACUAGUAUGUGCGCUUCAAGUAACAUAAGACAUUGUGUAACAGAUACUCAGAAGAGUGAUGAGUUUUACGUACAUCGACUGUUUGUGACAGUUUGUGGUAUUUGAACUUCUCAGGAUCUAUAAUGAAGCUGUAGCUUCCUGUGUCAUGAUUGUGUUUGUAAUUACAUCUUUGACUGUGAUACAGUUAACUUCAAAUUGAGGAAACUGUAGGGUGUGGUAAGACAUUGGGCACCCUCUCAUGUCAGAUUUUGUGAAAGACUUCGUGCCAGAGUGGAAGCAAGUGCCACAUGUGCAGUGAUAACAGUACUGUACACCUUAAAAGUCAGUAUGCCAGCUUUAACCGUGUUUUGGCUUUUUAGAGUUUCCUGAGAACAAUUGUACUUUCUGAUAAUAUCAGGAACUGUUAGUUUAUUUCAGUGCUUUUCUUGUGUUUUAAUAUAUGGACCCACAAGGUAGGGCAUACACCAUCAUAAUUCAAACAUUGUUAAAGAAAAGAAUUCUUCCCAUUUCUUGUUUGUACUUGAAAAUGCAUCUUAAAUUGUGUUGCAUAAUCAGUUUUUAUGGAAUGAAAUCCUAUUAACAAAAGGGAUUUAGUCAUUGAUAUUGUGGCAUUCUUUGAAGUGAAAUUGUUUGAUUGUAUUUUAUGACUUGUAAAUAAAUUUCAGAAGUUUCAAAGGAGUAGACUCAGUUAUUUGUCAAAUAAAUAAUAAAAAGAAAAAGAUGUUUCAAAAUAAAUCAGUAUUUCUGGCCAACGUGAAAAUACGUUUAAAAAAGUCAGAAUAUGGUUUUUGUUCAGACACUUUUUAAAAUUUUAAAGUCCUUAUUAAUAUUAUUAUUUACUGCAGUUAUUAUUUUAUUACUAUCGUUAUUCAGUUGUACAUCUUUGUAUAUAUAUAUGUAUGAGAUUUCUCUUAUAGCAACUCUUGAAUGUAAAUUUUCUUUUAUUGCAGAAUUUUGUUAUAUUGAACUAAGAGUGUUACGUCCUUUCGAGAAAUGGUGACUGUAGUAGGCUAAAUAUUUUUAUAAUAUUUAUGAAUGCAAAUUAUGGAACUGUACGGAUGCACACAUGAUCAUAUAAUUAGAGCUUAUUAGCUCAUCAGUUGCUACACUUCCGUUAAUUACAUUGCAUUGUAAUGCUUUGAGAAAUGGAUUAUUAGUUGAAAACAUCACUUGAUUUUACUUUUUUUUCGUAAAUGUUAUUUGUAUCCAGAAUUUUGUAAAGAGUUAAAGAUUGUGAAUUUUGUAACAAAAUCUCUUUUAUGUCUUACUGCAGGUUUUUCCAAAAUUUACUUCUUGUGUACAUUGAAAAAAAAUGUCUGAAAAGGUUAGUAGAUAUGAUAACUGAUGGGAAAAGGGGCAGUGAUUUAUUUUUGAUCUGCUUUAGAUGAACCUCAUAAUCCUCCCUUGUUCUUGAGGCACUAGCCUGAGAUACCAUUAAGUACACAAUGCUGUCCUCCUCUGUUUCCUAUGAAUGUCUUUGUGAGUGUGUCAAAGAAUUAACCCCAUUCUGUCUCACCCUCUCCCCCCAGCUGUUUGCUUCUGUGCCCAUACACUCAGUAAAUUACCACACACUAAAUAAAACUUGAAAUUAUUUUCUCUGGCUUAGUGUUGCUUGGUAAUAUGAAUUUUAGUUUCAUGGUCUCAGUUACUCUUUUUCAAGUUACUGUUAAGUUUUUCCACUUGUUCUUGUUCCACAGUGCAUUGAUAAUCCUGUAAAAAUAUAACUUCUGUUUGCAUUGUUUACAAGUGUAAGUUCACAUAACGAAUAAUUUACUUAUGAAUAAUGCAGAUAGAUGCUACUCUAAAAUUAAUUGGCAUUACCACUAAUUCUAUACAGUAUCCUUCUCAUAUAUAUUGUAGCACAAUUUUUACUUUUCAGUGGAAAUUACUUGUUAUAAUGUUUUGAAGGCCAAAGUUUGCAUCUUUAUUUGCUGGAAACUAUUUGUAUUUAUUUGAGUUCGUGUUUUAGUUAAGUAGUAUUCUCAGCACGAUACGCCUUUGAUUACAGUUAUUGAAACCUCAUCGUCAUGACCUUUCGAUUAUUAUAGAUGCUCACCAGACUUUUCAAUAUACAGGUCAUUUACACAGAAAUGGGCAUAAUUUAAAUAGCAGUUGAAUAAUACACCUCUUGUUGUGAACUCCUGACUUAGUGAAGGUGGAGUGUAGGUACCUACACAUAUUUUUUAAAGAAGCCCAUACUGUAUGUAUAUAAUAAAAAAUACUUCUUACAUGUUUUGUAAAAAACUGUUUUUCCCCUAACUGAAAUACUCCUAUGUUAUAAAGUAUUAAGUUUAUCUUGGCGAAGCUCUUGUGUACAUUUUUAGUGUUAUUAAAUUAUUGAAUCUGGUGCCAAAGUUCUCAAAAAUUGGUAUAAGAAUUAACUUUUUGAUAGAUACAUGUUAGCAAUGAAAUUGAGCUAGAGCUCAUAAGCAUUAUGAAAUCAGAAUUCAGUUAUACACAUGAACGCUAAAAAAAAUAAGUGAAGGGUUUUCAAGUGUAGUUGAUUUUGCAGUGCUAGACUGCAGGUUAAUUGUAAUCCAUGUGAGAUUAUGGUUGUUUUCCUCUGUACAUUUUUAGUUAACAGGUUGGGAUUUAAUUUAUAAAUCCAUAUCAGAUGUACUAAGUAUUUCCAAAUUGCUUUUACUCACUUCAAAGGGUUGUAAAAAUCGAGUAGCUGUCAUUUUUAACAGGAACUUGCAUCCAGAGAAAAGACUUUUUCCAUACUAUUUUCAUACUACAGGGAUGAACAUGUACCACAACACACGAUCUAGUCUCAUCAAUGUGAUCAAUGCCUAUGUUUGAAGGCAACAUGCAGUAACCAUUCAGAUGGCAGGUGGCAUUACUAGCAAUGGAAGGUAUACAAAGUGUGUCAGGGGGGACACAGAAAGCAGUGCAGUCAUUGUUGUAGUGUGGAAAUGGAGUGAUUGGGAGUAAUUCAUCUGACGUCCAAAAGGGCAUGAUCAUUGGCUUUCGGGCAAAGGCUGGAAGCAUUUUUCAAAACAGCUAAGUUUGUAAAAUCUUUACAUGUGGUUGUGAUUUAAGUAUACCAUGCAUAGUAAAAUGGCACUAUCCAAACCGGCACUGAGGCAACUGGUGCACUACGGGAAAUAGGUGACACGGGUGAACAACAGCUCUGGAGCGGUGUGUUGGCAAAUAGAAAUGCAUCUGUUGAGCAACUUAUCACCCAGAUGAAUCAAGGGGCUACCAGUGAUCGUUGCUGGGUGUGGGCCUCUGCAGCAGGCAUCUGGUUCAUGACACUAACUGCUAUUCAUAUGUGAAGAAGGCUUGAAUUUGCACGCCAAUACUGCAGCUGGAUGACCAAUGUGUAGCAGCAGGUGGCCUUCACAGAUGAAUCACAUUUUAUGCUUCAUCAGACAUGGCUGUGAUGUGUACAAGAUGAAACAUCUUAAAGCAAACAACCUGCAACAUCGUUACAAGGGUCAAAUCCAGAGGAAGCAGCAUUAUGGCCUGUAGAAUGUUUUCCGUGACAUUGUGUAGGUGAUAUUGUUAUUCUGGAAGCACAGUGGCACAAUCAUAUCUAUUAGCAGGGCAACACAAUGUGUCGCACGGCUUACAGUGUAUGUGCGUGAUUAGAAGAGCACCAGAAUGAGUUUACUGUACUCCCCUGGCCACCAAACACCCCAGCUUUAAACCCAAUUGAGAAUCUGUCAGACCACUUUGAUCAAGCUGUAUGUGCCAUGGAUCCUCAACCGAGAAACCUAUUGCUGAUGGCCACAGCACUGGAGUCAGCAUGGCCCCAAAUCCCUAUUGGUACCUUUCAGAACCUCACUGGUUCUCUUCUUGCAUGUGUCUCAGCAGUCUGCAUUAUUCAGGUUUUGACAGAUGGUCACAUGAAUAUGAUGGGAGAAUGUAUAUUCUCCUAUGUAUGCUGGUUGAAGGAGCAGUUGUAAUUGACUGCAGCAAUUGGUACAUUUGUAGCUACCUAACAUAUAUGGUAACAAUGCCCGAUGCUGAGAUAAACAAACUGGUGGUGCAUUGCUUACAGACACUGUAUGGAAUUCAGGAGUAGGGGUAUUGGAUUCACCAUCCAACAAUUCAAAUUUAGAUUUUCUGUAGUUUCUUUAAAACACUUUUAGAACAUUUCCUUUGAAGGUCACACAGUUUUCUAACCCAUCUUUUUUUGUUUUGAGUAUGAGUUCAGUCUCCAACAAUUUCGUUGGACUAACCAUAACUGCUUCUUCACUUACUAAGUUACAAAUGAAACACAAUAUUCUAGUGUCACUUUGUACCCUGGAUGUAUUUUCUUCCUCAGAUGGUCAUCUUGUUUCAUUAUUAAAAAAGUGUUUUUCUUUU